AUGUGUUGUUGUUGCGUUUGUACAGUAUCAGAUUUCUUCUUAUAUAUUUUAGCCAUUUGCUUUCCCCCAGUGGCUGUGCUUCUACGGUCAGGGGUAUGCUCCUCUGACUUUUGGUUAAACGUUGUAUUAACAUGUCUGGGAUUUAUGCCAGGUAUGGUUCAUGCAUUCUAUUAUAUCACGGUAACUAGUCCUUUGAGGAGAGAUCCAGAACUAAUAUACUUCUAUCAACAAGGUUGGGUUGAUUCCGAAAGGAAUGCGGGGGAACCACCCAAUGAAAACACCAAUUUAGCAUCUGAGGAAAAUCAAAGAAGGGAUUAUACUAGUUUACCCAAUCCUUUAAUUACUGGCAGCAAUAACUACUAUUCGAACAACAUUUCUAACGAUACAAAAAUGAGUCCAUCAGGUGCCCCACCACCAUACUCAAAUUGA